CAUGUAAACUAAAAUCUUGUCGGCUUGUUAUGACCGUGUCUCGUCCUCGCAGAACAUAGUUUCAAAGAAGCUUUUGUCUGUAUAACAUAUUUCAUUAUACAGCGAGAGAUAAAAGCGGAUAUCCCAAGCACAUUCAAAGGUGCAGGAUAGCAUCCUUACUGGUUUCCUAGCCGUGUAAAAGGCAGCAAACCAAAGCGGAAGUUCCGAUUGUAUGUCAACUUCCACUGUUUCCUGAUCAGUGUCAAUCCGAUCAGGGCACAUGCACGAUACAAAUACAGCGACUAACGGUGCGUAUGCAUAUGAAGAUUGGGUACUACACGCGUAUUACAGUAAACAGAUGGACGUGCAACAUUCGAGGAAUGCCAUAUCUUGGAGAAAACUGUUUCUUAGCCGUGCAAAGUUGAAAGCAACCGGCAACACGUCAGCAUUGUUGUCGGGUUUUGCAAUGGUUGCGUUGGUGGAGAUUGGGAUAGAGCCAGAUGUACCUAGUUGGUUGAUGGUGGUAUUCUGUGUAAACACAACAUUACUUGUGUCUAUACAUCUACUGGCGGUCAUGAUCAGUACCUGCAUUCUCCCCCACAUAGAGGCAGUCAGCAAUGUACACAAUGUCAACUCGGUCCACGAAUCUCCACACGAGCGCAUGCAGGUCUUCAUUCAGAUGGCCUGGACAUUUUCGACAGGUUUUGGAAUCCUGUUGUUUCUGAACGAGAUAGUUCUCAUCUGUUGGAUCAAGUUUAACGUAAAGACAGUAAACAAUAACAUCACAGCAGCCUGGGCAGCCACUGCAGUUGUCAUUCCUGUAGGGAUCUUAUUCCUAGUGUUUGCCUUUCAUUUCUAUAGGAGACUCAUUGCUCACAAGUUCCAACAAACAAACAUGGGAUUACAAGAUCUGGAUAAAAUGGUUACAGAACUCGGCAAUCAGGAGAACGAUUUUAAUGAUAUAGAAAAUGUGUAAAGUUCAAACAUUUGAGAUUAUCACUGCAGAAAAUCUGUUUCUUCUAAGUCAUUAAUAUUGAUGUUGAUCAUCAGUUAUAUUGUACUUAAUCAAUAUAUUUAUUUAUUACAUUUUUUGCCAAUGAAAUAUCGGAUUCUAUCAACUUGAUAAAACUGAUAUC